AUGGAUAUACGGGCUUUCUUUGGAAAAAAACGAAGAGUUGAAGAACAAAUUGUCCACGAAGAACCUCAGUGCUCAAAACAGAUGGAAGCACAAAAUACAAUCGCUACUACUAGUUCCAUGGCAACAAGUUCGUCUGCACAUGUUGUGAAUGUUAGCUAUGGUAUUCCUUCUGAUAUUGCACAAAUCGGAGAUUCAAUAAAACAAGUUGUUUUAGACACAUAUCCAAAACACCAUAACAGGGCCUUUGUUUUCGAUUGGUUUAAGCGUUAUAAAUGGUUGCAGUAUUCUGUCGAGAAAGAUGCUGCUUUUUGCUAUCCAUGCCAGCAAUUUUUACCUCAUGGAAGCAAACAGACUUCUUACACUUCCACAGGAUUUAGGAAUUGGAAAAAUGCCACUGAUUCUAAAACUGGUUUUCCAAAACAUGAAAAAUCUUUUUCUCAUAUUCAAGCUAUGUCGAUGUGGCAGGAAAAAUUACAAAGAAUAUCUACAUCUAGCAGUGUUGAAACGUUAAUAAAUCAAAAAGUAUUAGAAAAAUAUAGGUAUUACGUGAAGUCUAUCAUUGAAGUAAUACAAUUUCUAAUUGUCAACGAAUUAGCUUUGCGGGGAAAUUAUAUUUUGGAGGAAGAAAAAGAACAAGGAUUAUUUCAGAAUUUAUUUACAUGUAUGAAAAAACCAAAUUUGAACGAGAUUCUCACUCAUUUACCACAAAACGCAACAUAUCGUUCACCUGAAAUUCAAAAUCAAAUAAUUCAAGCAAUGGUUCAAACAGUACGAAGUUCCAUUGUCAAAGAUAUUAAUGAAUCUGACGUGAAAUGGUUUACUCUAAUGGAAGAUGGGACAAGAGAUAAAAAUAACCGCGAAAAUAUUGCAUUAGCAAUACGUUACGUGAAGGAUGGUGUCGUCAAUGAGCCGUUGCUGAUGGUUAAGACUACUGAAAACCUUGAUGCAGCCAAUUUCACGGAAUUAACAUUAAAUACCCUUACGGAAAAUAACAUUGACCCUUCUUGUAUGCUUAGCCAAUGCUAUGAUGGCGCAAGUACUUUAAACGAAAUUAAAAAUGACAGAUUCAACGGUGAUGACGUCGCCAAGAGUAUCGGUAUUAAAAAAGUCAUGCUUGAUCUGGAAUUCCGAAUGGCCAUGGUUGUGGCCAAAAAAAAUUUAUCCACGCUACAACCUGCAGACGCAGCUUUGCAAGCCCGACGCGCAGGAUUGAAAGACGCCAUAACAAUCAUAAAGUGUUUCGAAGAUGAAAUUAUAAAAUUAAGAUCAAAUCAAAUGUACAAUCAAAUUCUGGAAGAAGCUAAGUUUUUAACAAGCGACGACUGUGGCGAAUCUGGAAAUAGGACACAGACCUCAAAGAGGCAAGUAAAAAAACCAAAUCGAUUGGAUGACUAUUUGACGUAUGGCCCCUCCUGUUCCUCCGCCAGACAAAAUAUAGAAGAGAAUGACGAGCCAUUUAAGUCUGAGUAUUUCGAAACGUUGGACAUACUAAUUGCUGAAUUACAGAGAAGGUUUUCGGACAACGAUGAUCUAAUCAAUUCGAUUGCCAGUCUCGAUGAGUUGGAUGUAGAUAAAAUGGUUCCACUGAUAAAUUUGGGUCUGAAAAUUCCAUCGAGAGAAGAGGCUAGUGUGGUUAAAGCUUACUUGAGUCGUAACGAGGAUAAAAUGGAAAAUACAUUGCAAGUUUUGUACAGGCAACGAGAGGCGUUCAACGAUACAUAUGAACUUUUUGCAUCUGUGGUGACCAUAGGAUGUAGCACUGCAGUGUGA